ACUUUCAUAGCCCUCGCUACUACCAUUUUGCAGCGACACCACCCAGAUGAUCCGGUAGCUAACAAGACAAACACUGGCGAAGCAUUUCGUGUUCUGCAGCACAUCACGACACUUUUGGCAGCCGGGACACCGAUGAAGGAUCCUUACGCCUCUCAUGUAGUCGCUGUUACCGCCAACGUCCAGCGCGACGCAACCAACUCGCUCGUUCUAGUCUCUCAAAACGCGAAUAGCAGCACUUCUCUGCCGAAGACCGAGCUAAAGUCGCUGGGACCGGACGAGAGCAUAGGUGGUGACGAAAUCCUCAAGGGAUGGGCCACAAGGGACCUCGCCUCGCAUUCCAAGAACGUUUUCGCGAUCAUCGAUACACUUCGCAAAGACAAUCCCGACCUUGAGUCCGCCGUACUCCGAGAAAACCUAUUCCACCGAUACGCCGUCAACCACUGCCACGUCAAGAUUGCUGGCCGCAUUCUCAAGGGCAACAGUCUCUGGACGACGCAUCCUAUGGAUGCUCUCGCCGCCUAUCCCCUCUCAGAACUACGCGACCGACUUUUGUUCCCCAGGACGCUGCAAGUCGCUAAUGCUAUCGUGGGGUGGCUUGAAGCAGAAUACGGCAUUCAACCCGUCCCACGGAUGCCAUCUACGACUGCCAGUGACUCCAGAUCAGCGUCCUUUGAAGUCACUCGCGACAACGUCGGCCAAUGGGUCAAAGCACUCACGGAUACCUUCUCCCACCUGAAGGACGAAUUGAUUUCGAAUAGGCGAUACAAAGACGCGCUAGGAGAGCAGGAGGCGCUGCGUGCCUCUCUGCAUUUGUUUUUGUUCCAUCACUUGUUGAGGUGCCGAAUCAUCGACUUUCUGCUAUCGGAUGAAUCGCUUGCAGAGAAAAUGGUGAAGAGGCAGUCGCAUAUUUUAGGUUUGAACAUAGGACUUGCGGAGCCAGGCGGUGGAGAGAAUCCGGAGGAAGCACAGGAAACCGACGACGAAGAUGAUGAUGUGUUCGUUGAAGAUCGCACGCCCGACCCGUCCGGGUCACGCGGCCCCAUCGUUCGCUAUUUGAGGACAAUCGUUGCAUGGACUGCAGCCGCGGAAUCUCUUGCCCACCGACCUCCCCCGUCCCCUAUACAUGCCCAUCUUGUUUCUAUCCCCCAUCCCACCAUCCCAGACCUCGACACAGCUAUCGCCAAAUUCAAAAUCAGGAUCCUUGAACACCCUGGCUUGCAAGGAUCGAAGGAUGCGGCGGCAGCGCUUCUUGAACGCGAUUUCAGGUUGAAGCCCAAGGCCGUGAAGAAUGCGACGGUGCAUGUUGAAACACUCAUGAUGGCUCUUGCUCAUGCCUUCUGGUCACCAGGCGUCGCGAAGGAGUCCCAAAACAAGUUGGAUAUGACCGAGGAGGGUCGGAAAGUGCUCUUGGACGUAUUCCAAACCCCGAUUGCCACUAGCAAGAAGUGCUGCUGGUGCUGCUGGCAGCUAUACCGCUACUGGCACCCUGACGACGGCUUGCAUGCUCGAUCAUCGGGUGACGCUCCUCCCGAUAUCGUCCUUUUGGGCAGUCACUCGACCAUCUUUCCUUGGUAUCCUCCUUCUGUUGGAGUUCCAAUCGAGUUCCUAAGAGAGUUAGAGGCAAAGCUGGAGACUAUCUUGUUGGAUGUCAUGAAGGAGGGCUCGAAAUCGCAAAGCAAGUCUGGACAGUCCUCUGCUCGCACCUCCAGCGAGGAUGACCGCCCAAAACACGGGGCCAAGGUUCUACAGCUGUUCUUCAACGAUUUGAGUGUAUCGUGA